UCAAGUCGCGCGGAUCCUCAGAGCACAACGAACUUUUCCUCUCUCGCGUGUAAACGGAUCCUCCGAGCGCACAAAGCGGCCACAGCAGCGACAACGACACAAACUCCAUUGAUAAAGUUGGCGUGUUGAUCAGCGUCUGAUAUGCCGCAGCUGAACGGUGGAGGGGGGGAUGAUCUCGGGGCGAAUGAUGAGAUGAUCGCAUUUAAAGAUGAAGGGGAUCACGACGAGAAGAUCCGCGAAAGCUCGUUCACGGAGAGCGACCUGGCUGAUCUCAAAUCAUCUCUGGUCAACGAGUCGGAGAUCAGCCAGAACUCACACUCUGCCGUGAUCAGGAGAGGUCAGCAGGAGGAUCAGAGACUUUACACUGAUAAACGAGAACAUCUGGACGACGUGCCAAAACAUCAAGAUGGAGGAAUGUACAAAACUCCGUAUUCUGGAUACCCGUUUCUGAUGUUGCCUGAACCAUAUCUACCAAAUGGGCCCGUCUCACCAUCUUCCAACAAAGUGUCGGUGGUCCAGCAGGGGAUGCAUCCGUUAACGCCGCUACUGCCGUACGAUCACUUCAACCCUGGCCCUACACACAUUCCCACAGAUGUCAGCCAGAAGCCAGGUGUUCACAGACAUCAGUCUCAAGACAUUUCCAGUUUCUACUCGCUGUCUCAAGGCCAGAUCCCCCCAUCCAUGAACUGGCCCAAUCAGCAUGUGUACCCUCUGCCCUCCUGUGGCUUCAGACAGUCCUUCUCCUCCAGUCUACAGAACAGCUCGUCUUACUCCAGGUUCUCUCAUUCUCUGAUGCUUCAGUCCGGCAUGCACCCCACAGGCAUCCCACACCCCGCCAUUGUGCCUUCUUCAGGCAAACAUGACCACGACCAUUUUGAAAGGAGCAUUUAUUCGAAACCUCAUCCAGAGGCGAAGCGAGAGAAAGAGCCCAAAAAGCCGGUGAUCAAGAAACCUCUGAACGCGUUUAUGCUGUACAUGAAGGAGAUGAGAGCUAAAGUGAUUGCUGAAUGCACACUGAAGGAGAGCGCCGCCAUCAAUCAGAUCCUGGGACGACGGUGGCACGCUCUGACCCGUGAGGAACAGGCUAAGUACUAUGAACUGGCGCGGAAAGAGCGACAGCUUCACAUGCAGCUUUACCCCAGCUGGUCCGCACGCGACAACUACGGCAAGAAGAAGAGAAGGAAACGAGAUAAACAGCAAGACUCCAGCAUAGGAGGAAAAAGAAGUGCAUUCGCUACCUUCAAAGAGGACGCUGCGCCAGCCCCCAUUCUUCCGAUGGAAGUGCUAUAGACUCCCCCCCAUCACCUGUCUAUCACCCGCCAAACCCCGCCUCUCCCAAGCGAUGCUCCGCCUCUUCCCCACCUCCCCUGUCAGCAGUCCCCGCCCAUACAGCAGCAAUCGCCCCGCCCGCCCACCCAGACUGUCGCUCGACUUCAG